AAAACCACCGCGACUGAUAAGGGCCUGUAAGCUUUUUCCGCUAAGUGCCAAAUCCUGUCGUAAGAAUGCGGUGAUUCUCUUCCGUUGGUAGCAUAAUUUCAUGCUAUGGUAAAAGUGGCCAAAAAUAUCACAGCUAUCACUUCUUAGAAUCUUCAACUUGUCCGCGAGGCUACCAUCACGAAAUUUACUCGUUCGUUGCACGGUGUUGUAGCAAUGGAAGUGGAUGUCCGAUUACUAGUUCUUACAAUUCUUUCAAUGUUGAUAAAAGCCCACGAAGGAGCCCCGAAAGUUGACUUAGCAGACAAAAUACUCCUUCACUGCACUUGGUGCCUAAGAAACAUUUCAACAGCAGCAUGCAGAGUUCUAAGCAAUGGGACUAUAUCCUGCAUCAGAUGUACAGCACAUUUACAAGAUGGUUCUCUUUGUGACAUGUGCGGAAACUCUGGAAUGAAUAAUGACAACAAGACUGGACUUCAAGCAUGUGACACUUGCAUGUGUAAUGGUAGUUUUGAUAGCAUCCAAGUUACAAAUUGUAACCACAAAGCUGGCCAGUGUGUAACUUGUGCACCGCGUGGCUCAGAGAAGGAGUGUAGAAAAUGUCUGGACACAGGGCAUGGUUCAGAGUCAUCUGCUGACAAUUGUGUAACAGGAAAUGACAAAGUAGAAGAAAAGGAAAAAUCAGGAUUUUCAACAAAAGAGAAAGUCAUUGUUGCUGUUUGUAGCACGUUUGGUGCAGUCACCCUGUUUAUGAUCAUAUUCCUGAUCUAUCGGCACUUCAAAAGCAGGCGUUUUAGUGUGAAAAAACCUUUCUGGACAGUCGAACUCACAAAUCGUAACUAUGAUGACCUGGACUUUUCUCUUCUGGAUCCCAUAACUGACAUUCCCCUGGUAUACCGUGCAGACAUUGGUGAAUUUGAUAAUGAUGCCUUGCUUGGUUCAGAGAAACCACAACUGAGUAUGGAGGUUGAUGAGGCUACCGAUGUGUCUUAACAAGAAAAUGUUUGGUAUACGACUAAAAACACAUGAUACUUGUGCACAUAGUGAGGCAUUUAUAUCAUAGGUGAUGUGAGCCAAGAGCAUCAGGUUACUAAGUAAAUAUAAAUAUACAUGUUCUGUGCCUUGAGUGCUGACAUGUUAGCCAGAGUAAUGUUAAGAUUUAAAUCAUUAUCAUUAAGGUAUAUCAAGGUUUGGUCAUGAGAAAGUUAACAUAAUCUCUUUGCAUGUAGUAACCAAAAGUAAUACCGCUAGUUUAACAAAUCCACUACAGAGUAGUUGGUAAAACACAAGCUUGUUUGUCAGUUGGCCAUGUUGUGCAGCUGUACACAGUAUAUGUUGUGUACUGGGCAUGUAUGUAUCUGUUGCCUUGUUUUCCUAUUAAUUAUUAUUAUUAUUAUUAUUUCCUAUUUGUUUUAUCUAUGCACACCAAGGUUAUGUCUACUGCACUUAAGUAUUGGGUAUGGAAACAUUUUGUAAGAAUUACAAAUUGGCACAUUAGAGGUAGUAUUCAUAUUAACAUCAUGUCUAUUUAAUUAGAACAGUAAACUGACUUCCAUGUUUGUAAUGGAGAAAUAGUUCUAUGUCUUUUGACCCCUCAAAAUUAGUUAAUAUGAAAGAGAAUUUUCAGUGUGGUUUUUGUGAUCUAUGAAACAAAUGAUGAGUUUUACUGUAGCUAAUAGCAUUUUAUUGUCAAGGUGAAAUCAGCUUGGGAAUAUAUUUUUACCAAAUGAUUGGCAUUGAUUUCUCAGAGUACUCUAUUUUGUUAUUUUCAUUUAUCAUUGAUAAUGAUGUUGAGAAGGGCAAACAAAUUGUAGUAACAAUCAUAUUUGGCUAAUAACUAGCCCAUACCAACAUUUUGAUUAUAAAUAGAUAUGUUUCAUUUGUAUGCUGAGGUACAUGUACUUGUUGCACAAAUGUUUCUUUAGAAACCAUUUCUUCCGUUACAGGUACAGUGACUAAAUAUAUUUUCUGUUCUUCAAAAUCACAAGGAACAAUUAAAAAGUUGAGAUAAGAGAACAGUCUAUUUAUUUUGAAAUCACAUACAUUAUAUGUUUUACAGGCUUUUAAAUUGAAAAAUGACUAGGUGUCAUAUAGUGUUGGUAAAGAAUUGAUUACAACAAGGGAAUCAGAGUGAGGUCUUGAAGGUACAUCUUUAGUGUGUAUUAAAAUUGCCUGGAAUGAUAAUGCAUCAAGGACUUUUGGGUUCAUACUCUCGUCAUGAGUUACAGUAUGAAAUUGUUAUUGGAUUUAUAGUAUAGUUAGGUAUAAAGUUUAUAAGAUUAAUGUUCCUUUUUUUAUUGUUGUUGUUUAACUUAAUGUCUUCUUUUAUUGGUAAAACUUGUAGAAAAGUGUGAAGAUGAAAUAUUUCACUUGCUUGAAUAGGCAUUUAAAACUGUUACGGCAGAUGUACCCACUAAAUCUGCCUCUUACAUUUAAGAAAUGUUUUUUAUUUCAGUCCAUUGUUUUUGAAUCAUCAGAACUUUAUUUAAAAGAACUACUGCAUGGUACAGCCAUUCUGUAUUGAUAAUGCCUUACUUUAUUUAAUAUGCCUUGUAAACUUCUUAGAUUAAUUUAAAACUUAUUUCAGCUAGAGUGAAUAAUAAG